UCGUUACAGAACCUCACUUUGCUCUUCGCUUCUCUGGAUUGCUUCUGCGGCUAGGGUUUUCAGCGAAGGCUAUUUCUCUCUCUAGCAGCUCUCUGAUUUUAAGUUAAGCAUCCAUUAUGGGUAAAGAAAAGUUUCACAUCAACAUUGUCGUCAUUGGACAUGUCGACUCCGGGAAAUCGACCACCACCGGUCACUUGAUCUACAAGCUAGGUGGUAUUGACAAGCGUGUGAUCGAGAGGUUCGAGAAGGAGGCUGCUGAGAUGAACAAGAGGUCCUUCAAGUACGCAUGGGUUUUGGACAAGCUUAAGGCCGAGCGUGAGCGUGGUAUCACCAUUGAUAUUGCCUUGUGGAAGUUUGAGACCACCAAAUACUACUGCACCGUCAUCGAUGCCCCGGGACAUCGUGAUUUCAUCAAGAACAUGAUUACUGGUACCUCACAGGCUGAUUGUGCUGUCCUUAUCAUUGACUCCACCACUGGUGGUUUCGAAGCUGGUAUUUCCAAGGAUGGACAGACCCGUGAGCAUGCUCUUCUUGCUUUCACUCUUGGUGUCAAGCAGAUGAUCUGUUGUUGUAACAAGAUGGAUGCCACCACACCUAAGUACUCCAAGGGUAGGUACGAGGAAAUUGUUAAGGAGGUGUCUUCAUACCUAAAGAAGGUUGGAUACAACCCAGACAAAAUCCCAUUCGUUCCCAUCUCUGGUUUCGAGGGAGACAACAUGAUUGAGAGGUCGACCAACCUUGACUGGUACAAGGGCCCAACCCUUCUUGAGGCUCUUGACCUGAUCUCCGAGCCAAAGAGGCCCUCAGACAAGCCACUCCGUCUCCCACUUCAGGAUGUCUACAAGAUUGGUGGUAUUGGAACGGUGCCUGUCGGUCGUGUGGAGACCGGUCUGAUCAAGCCUGGUAUGCUCGUCACUUUCGGACCAACUGGUUUGACCACUGAGGUUAAGUCAGUUGAGAUGCACCACGAGUCCAUGCCCGAGGCUCUUCCAGGAGACAAUGUUGGGUUCAAUGUCAAGAAUGUUGCAGUCAAGGAUUUGAAGCGUGGUUUUGUUGCCUCGAACUCAAAGGAUGACCCUGCUAAGGAAGCUGCUAACUUCACUUCCCAGGUCAUCAUCAUGAACCACCCUGGUCAGAUCGGAAACGGUUAUGCACCAGUGCUCGACUGUCACACAUCCCACAUUGCUGUCAAGUUUAGGGAAAUCUUGACCAAGAUUGACAGGCGAUCGGGUAAGGAGAUUGAGAAGGAACCCAAGUUCCUCAAGAAUGGAGAUGCUGGUAUGGUUAAUAUGAUUCCGACCAAGCCUAUGGUUGUUGAAACUUUCUCAGAGUACCCUCCUUUGGGUCGUUUCGCUGUUCGUGACAUGCGUCAGACAGUUGCUGUUGGUGUUAUUAAGAGUGUUGAGAAGAAGGACCCAUCAGGAGCCAAGGUCACCAAGGCUGCUGCCAAGAAGGGUGCCAAGUGAACUUUGCCGGUUUUCGGUUCAGCUGGAGAAUAUUAUUUGCAUAAUUUAUGUCUUAAAUACUUUUUUCUGAUUUACAAUGCUUUAUUUGGAUUUUUAUAUUGCUUGUUGUGUUGUAUUUUUCUGCCUUGUAUGUUUGGUAUCCAUUCCCAGAAUUGGGUACUAGACAGGCGGUGGCGGAUUUACAGCAUUUGAAUUCCGUAUGCAGUACUCUGGUUUACAGACAUACUUUCAUCUUUAUUUAUGGUUUGAUUUUUAAUAUUGCUUCGUAAAAUUUCUCUUGCU